AUGGAAACUGUUUUGAAAGAUAGGAAGCAACUGAGAAGACUGUUUACUAUAGCAUGCAAUUCCUUUGACAAGGCAGAAAAUCAACUGAGUUGUGCCGAUAAAAUCAAUAAAUUAAAGCUAAUUGAGGAGAAAGCUUUAUUAAUGAUGGCAUGUGAAGAAAAAUUUAAACAGUUGUUGUAUUCCGAGGAGACUUCCGAUACUGAAAUCGAGAGAGAAGUAGAUGAGUCGGAAACUUACAUUGAUCGCUGGAGAUCUUUAAAACAAAAAAAAAUGAAUCCGACAUCUGAGUCUAAAGACAAAGAAUCGCUCGAAGUUGAUAAGAGAACUGAUAGUAGUUCUGAAAUGGAUCAAGCUCUUUCCAACUUGUCUACCAAUCCAAACGUAGUCCUGCAGACAUUCAAAGUUGUAAUUAGAGGCAACGGGAAAAAACGUGUAGCAAGAGCUAUUAUCGAUACUGGUUCACAGCGGUCAUAUUUACUACGAGCUACAGCUGAAGAAAUGAGCUAUGAGCCUACCAGCUGUGAAUAUUUGCAGCACUCCCUAUUUGGUGGCAAGCAUACUGGGGAGUUAGCUGCUUAUAAUGUAAAUAUUGUGGAUAAUUGUGAAGAUCCUAUUGAAAUCCUUAUCGGAGCUGAUGUAGCUGGGAAGCUCAUGACAGGAGGUUAUCGUGAAAUGUCUUGUGGACUCGUAGCGAUUGAAACAAAACUUGGGUGGUCUGUAAUGGGACGAAUAACUGAUACUGCGAGAAGUGAAUGUUCAUCUUUAUUAGUUCAGUCCAUGUUAUCUACAGCAGAGACAAUAACAGACUUAUGGUCCUUGGAUACUCUUGGCAUAACUGACCCAUCUGUGAAGAAAAGCCAGAUCGAGUUACAAGAAGCUGCUCGAAUGCAUUUUCUAAAUACAGUUCAUUUGGUAGAUGAUCGUUUUGAAGUAGAUUUGCCUUGGUUGGAAGAUCAUCCACCACUCCCAGAUUAUUUUGAUUUAGCAAAGGGAAGACUGAACAAGACUGUUAAACGUCUUAAAACCGAGUCUAAUUAUGAAGCUUAUGAGAAUGUUUUUAGGGAAUGGCUUGAGGAGGGAGUAAUUGAGGAAGUUGCCAAAAAUGAUCAGGCUUCAGUACAUUAUCUGCCCCAUCGAGCAGUUAUCAAGGAGAAUAGCACCACAAAAAUCCGGCCUGUCUUUGACGCUUCGGCCAAGGCAAAGGGAUUUCCUAGUCUUAAUGAUUGUCUUGAGAAGGGGCCGAAUCUAAUAGAGCAGAUUCCGAGUAUUUUAACCCGAUUUCGAAAAGAGAAGAUCGGUGUUAUUGCUGACAUCCGAAAAGCCUUUCUACAAAUAGGUGUUUCACCCACGGAUAGAGAUUACUUGAGAUUUUUGUGGAUUGGUAAUGAUGGUCAGCUGAAAGAGUACAGACAUUGCCGUGUAGUUUUUGGUGUAUCGAGUAGCCCUUUUCUUCUAAAUUCUACUAUUCAGCUUCAUUUACAAACUGUUUUGGAAAAAACAGGAACUGGAGAAUCUUCGUAUCCAAAAGAUGUCAUUCAAAAACUUGCGCAUAGUUUUUAUGUCGACAAUUGUGUUAGUUGCGUUAAAAAUGAAAAAGAACUACAUCGUUUUAUUAACGUUUCGACUGAGGUAGUGGCCGAGAAAAAAUUCGAGCUUAGAGGGUGGGAGUUCAGUGAUGUCCAUGCUGAUACUUCUGCCGAUACAAAUGUGCUCGGCCUGACUUGUGAUUCAGUUAAAGUACAACUUAUACAAGCCAGGAGUAGAGUUUCACCAACAGGAAAGGAAGGGAUUACUAUCUCUAGACUUGAGUUACUUGCAGCUACUGUCUCAGCAAGACUUUCAACUUCUAUUUUGUCAGAGAUACAGAGUGAAGAAGUUUACUUCUGGACUGAUUCUUCGACUGUCUUGACAUGGAUUAUGAGAGAAGAAGCCUGGAAUGUCUUUGUCCAGAAUAGAGUGAAGGAAAUUAGAGCGUUAACAAAUAAAAGUUCUUGGAGACAUAUCCCUGGUACCAUGAAUCCUGCUGAUCUCCCGAGUAGAGGUUGUUUAGCUCAAAAUUUAUUGAAAUCUAACUGGUGGUUAGGACCAAGUUGGCUUUACUUGCCUAAAGAGGAUUGGCCAAAAGGAAAUCUAAGCUUAAAUGAAAACGAGAUUGUUCGGGAAAAGAAAAAGACCAUAGCUUCAUCUGUGACAAGAAGUUUGAUUUCUACAAGUUUUGUUCCUAAGGAAGACUGGUAUUACAAAUAUUUUUCGAAAUACCAGAAAAUAGUUCAUCUAAUUGCCUGGAUUCUAAGGUUUACCUUUAAUUGUCGAGCUGAAAAAAUUAAGAAAAGACAUGGAGACCUUGAUUUUGAUGAAAUUUUUGAAGCCGAGAAGUUAUUAAUCAAAAUGGUUCAAGAGGAUUGCUUUGUAGACGAGAGAGAUAAUAAAUUAAAAACUUUAGGAGUAUUUAAGGAUCAGAGUGGAAUCCUCAGACUAAAAACGAAACUUACCUUUCAACAGGAUUCAGAAGAGUUUAAAACUCCAGCUAUUCUUCCGUCCGAUCAUGAGGUGGUCAAGAGAUUAAUACGAUAUUAUCACGAGAAAAAUGCACAUGCUGGUACCCAAAUUUUAAUAAAUAUUCUUCGAGAGAGAUUUUGGCUUCUUAAUGCUCGAAAAAUGGUGAGGUCUCUGAUUAAUAAGUGCACCGUAUGUAGAAGAUUUUCUGCAAAAAGCGUGCAAGUUUGCACAGCAACCCCUCCAAACGACAGACUCCGAGAAGCGGCUGUGUUUGAAAUUUGUGGCAUUGAUUUUGCUGGUCCAGUGAUCUUAAAAGGUAACACCAAAUCCUGGAUUUGCUUAUUCACCUGCGCCGUAUACAGGGCAGUGCAUCUAGAAUUGGUUGAGUCCAUGUCUACUGAGAGUUUUUUACUAGCCCUUAGAAGAUUUAUAUCCCGCAGAGGAAGAAGUAAAAUAAUUUACUGUGACAACGGAACUAACUAUGUAGGAGCUUCAAAUGCGCUACGAGAUCUAAACUGGAAGCAGAUUAUUGAUGAUACAUCUAUAUCACCAAUUCAAUGGAAGUUUAAUCCACCAACUGCCUCAUGGUGGGGAGGUUGGUGGGAGAGAUUAAUAGGUAUUCUCAAGAGUUUACUGAGGCGAGUACUAGGAAGAGCUUCUUUAACUUCUGAAGAAAUGAUCACCAUUCUCUGCGACUGUGAAGCAGUGAUCAACUCCUGUCCAUUGACCUAUGUUACUGAAAAUGAUGUUACUUUGAUGCCUUUAAGUCCAUCUCUAUUUCUUCAAAACAUUCAAACAAGUGGUGUUCCUGAUCUUGAUGAUAUUGGACACAGAAGUGUGAAUAAACGAGUCAAAUACAGAGAAAACUUACAAAAGGAUCUGCGAAAAAGAUUUAGAUCCGAAUAUCUAGGUGCACUUAUUCAAAAAUCGGAUAAGACAAGAUCAGUGAAAGUGAAUAUCGGUGAUGUUGUAUUGAUAGGAAGUGACAACACCAAGCGACUGAAUUGGCCAAUUGGCCACUGGGAAAAAUAA